CCGCCGCCUCCUUCUCCGCUUCGCGUGCGUAUGUUUUGAUAACAAAACCAACGCGAGGGGCGGUUGGUGUUCGUGCGCCGGGCAGGUAGCAGGCCACGGUUUGCCUCCGGUCGCCACAGCCCAACCCAAGCGGAGUAGGGAGGAGCCUCGGAGCAGGAGCGGCGGGACGACGAGGCAAGCGUCAAGAUGGCGGCGUCCGUUGAGCUAGAAUUGCAGCUCCUCAGCCUGGAGCUGCUGCCCACUGACCCGCUGCUGCUCAUCCUCAGCUUCCUGGAUUACAGGGACCUCAUGAGCUGCUGUUAUGUAAGUCGUAGAUUAAAUCAGCUUUCGAGUCAUGAUCCGCUGUGGAGGAGGCACUGUAAGAAAUACUGGCUUUUGUCUGAAACUGAGAAAUCUCGGAGAAGUAAGACCUGGAAGGCAAUAUUUACAGAUAUGUAUGCUGACUUAGGAAGGUAUAUUCAGCAUUAUGCUUUACUUAAAAAAGCCUGGGAUGAUCUGGAAAAAUAUUUGUUGCAGCGCUGUCCUCGGAUGAUUACUUCAUUGAAAGAGAGUGUUCGAGAGGAAGAUCUGGACGCUGUGGAAGCACAAAUUGGUUGCAAACUCCCUGAUGACUAUCGAUGUUCAUUUCGGAUCCAUAAUGGACAGAAGCUAGUAGUUCCAGGGUUGAUGGGAAGUAUGGCGCUUUCCAAUCACUACCGAUCUGAAGAUUUGUUGGACAUUGACACAGCAGCUGGUGGUUUUCAGCAGCGUCUAGGACUGAAACAAUGCCUCCCCCUAACCUUUUGCAUUCACACUGGAUUGAGUCAGUACAUGGCUCUGGAGAGCGUGGAGGGUCGCAAUAAUUAUGAGAUCUUCUACCAAUGUCCAGAUCAAAUGGCCCGUAAUCCCUCAGCAAUUGAUAUGUUCAUUACAGGUAGCUCCUAUUUGGAAUGGUUUACUUCCUAUGUAAACAAUGUAGUAACAGGUGGCUAUCCCAUCAUCAGAGACCAGAUUUUCAGAUACAUUCACGAUAAGGAUUGCGUAGCAACAACAGGAGAUAUUACUGUCUCAGUCUCCACAUCUUUUCUACCUGAACUCAGUUCUGUACAUCCCCCUCACUAUUUCUUUACUUAUAGAAUCAGAAUUGAGAUGUCCAAAGAUGCACUUCCAGAGAAGGCUUGUCAACUAGACAGCCGGUACUGGAGAAUAACCAAUGCCAAAGGUGAUGUGGAGGAAGUUCAGGGUCCUGGAGUAGUAGGAGAAUUUCCAAUAAUCAAUCCUGGUCGAGUUUAUGAAUACACUAGCUGCACUACGUUUGCCACUACUUCAGGGUACAUGGAAGGAUACUAUACAUUCCAUUGUCUGUAUUACAAAGACAAGUUUUUUAAUGUCACCAUUCCUAGAUUUCAUAUGGUUUGCCCAACGUUCAAGGUAUCCACAGCACGCAUGGAAACCAAUCAUAACGAAUGUGCAAUGGAUGAGGAUGAAGAUUCAACAGACACUGAUGAAUAUGAAGAUAGGCGUAGAAUUCUAGACAUUCCUGCUCCUUCUGGACGCUGUCCACGCCAGACCUGAUUAAACUUUCAAAAAACUGUUUUCUGGGGCAAUGACAUAUAAAAAGGUCUGAAUACUAAAUAAUAAUUUGGCAGUGGAGCAACUAGCAUGAAUGCUGGUGCUGGUUCCGAUUUGUAUUUGAUCAGAUAUACAGUCAAGGUUUUCUUUUGUCUUGCAUUUAUUUUUGGAUGGAAAUGGGAAUACAAUAGUGUGGUAAGCUUUAUUCUUUCAAACAACUUUAGGGGUGGGGGUGGGGUAAGUCAUUGUACAUUUAAAAUUUAAAACCAGAAUGGUGCUUCCUUUUGCUUCCUUUUAAUGAGUUGGCCACAGCAAACAAAAUGGAAAAACAGGCAUGUUGUUUUCACAAUGAUUUUGUACUGUUGUUUAUCUCUGUCAUAAGUGAACAAAAUAUUUGAAGUUUAAUUCUGUGUAACCAAUGGGUUGAGUUGGGUGUUCUUGUACCAGGAAACUCUGAAAUGUUUAAAAGAAAUCCUGCAUUCAAUCUCUGAUCUCUUUUGGGAUGUUGGAUAAGCAUUUUGCUUACUGCAUUUUUUCAUUUAUUACAUGAUAUAAAUAUGUAAAUAGCUUGAUUUCCACCCUUCAAAUUCCAUUUAACUAUUGUGAAAAGUGCUUAGAACUUCGUUUUAAGUAUAAACCAUGUUUUCUUCAACACUGCAUUUUUAUAAUUGUCUGACUAAAAAUAGAGACACAGCUUGAAAUAAUAGUCAUAACUGGAAUAUUGGCAUUGAUGGGUAUUUGUAUAUACAGCAAAGGAUAUGUAGAAUGUAUAAUUAUACAACAAUUGUAAUAUUUUAAAGUAGUAAAAUAAGAUACUACAGAAGAGGAGCAGUGGAGACACAGAUGAUUUUAGGCAACAAUCCUAGACACAAUGAACUGGAAGUUAGUUCAGAACAUAUAUUGAACAUAUACUAGUUGUGGUGGAAGAGAUUAUCCUACAAUAAAAUCUGAAAGCCUGUUAUAAACCUAUAGGCCUAGGUUUUGAUGCAGAUAAGAAACAAAAUUGAACAUUGCCUAAUUUUUUGGGUGAGCAUAGUUCAUCUUCCCUAAUAAACUGGAAAGUAAGUGCUGUGAACAAUAA